AUGAAAGCUUUAAACAACAUACCAACAUCUAACAAAUAUAAAAAACUAUCAAGACGAUACAUAAUAACAAAUCAAAUUUUAUACCUCAAAAGGCACAUGCCCAAACAAAACAUAGAGAAUGCAAUAGUAAUUCCAAAGAACUUAAUUCAAAAUGUGAUCACAGCCCAUCAUAACCCCCCUCUAGCAGGACACUUAGGGAUCACGAAAACUAUUAAAGCAAUUCAAAUAAAAUAUUCAUGGUCAUCAUUAAUAAAAGACGUAACGACAUUUAUCAAAUCAUGUCAUCAAUGCCAGAUAAAUAAAAAGUCACAAGGUAAACCAGCAGGAUGCCUACAACCAAUACCACUACCAACUUGUAAACCAUUGGACAGAAUAACCAUGGACUUCCUAGGCCCUCUACCAUCCAGCAACAACAAAAAAUACAUAUUAGUAUUCACAUGUCAAAGCUCGAAAUACGUCAUAGCAAAAGCCACUAGGCUAGCAGACGCCAACACUGUAGCAACAUUUCUAAUACAAUACAUCACACAAUACGGCGUCCCCAGAUACCUCACCUCCGACAGAGGACUUCACUUCAGAAACAAAAUUUUAAAUGACACCUGUACAAAUUUCGGCAUAAAACAAAUAUUCUCAUCCAGCUACGCACCCCAGUCACAAGGAUUCACCGAAAGAAUCAACGGAGUAAUAUGUCAAGCAAUAAGACACUACAUAAAAGACAACAACCAAUCAAGAUGGUCAUUUUACUUGCCUUACAUAAUAUUUAGUUACAAUAACUCACCGCAAAUAUCCACAAAUUACAGUCCGUAUUAUCUAUUACACGGCUUCAAUGCAAACAUAGGUAUAGACAUACAAAUAAUCCCUGAAAACCUAUCUUACGACAUAAAAAAAUCACUCGAGGAACUAAAACAGGUCAGAGCAAGCAUACCAGAUUACAUAAAAAAAGCUCAAGAUAUACAAAAAUUAAACCAUGACAAAUCACACAAACUCACAACAUAUGAACCAAACCAAUUAGUUUUAGUCAAAUUUCCAUUCCAAGAACCAAAUAAAACGGCUAAAUUAGCGCCAAAAUAUAGAGGCCCUUACAAAAUAAUUUCAAAAGUUAGCGACGUAAAUUAUAUGAUAGAACUUGUAUUAAAUAAUAAAUUAACAAUAGAUGUCGUUCAUAUUAGACGAUUGAAACCAUACUUCCAGAGAGACAAUUCAGAUUCAAGCGAAGAAAAGGAACCCACAGAUAUAGGUAACUAA